UUAAGCGGCGGCGGCCGCAGCCGUAAGAGGAGGAGCGGCAGCCCCAGCUAUGACUGCCGCAUGUUAAUAGCUGCCGCUGGGGUCCCCGGGCUGCUGCUGCUGGAGACAGAGCCUGACUCCGAAGUUGUGCAACUGUGGACUGGGAGAGACGUUUGAACCCUCCUUUCUCUUUGCCCCGCUUUUGCCCCCUCGGGGUGUGUGGAGCGCGGACGCGGAAAGGAAGACAAGCGUUUGGCUCUUGUUUUGUUUUUUGUUUUUUUUUCUUUUCCUUCCCCCUUCUCCGUGGCUGUGUAGCAGACGAAAGGGAAGAGAGACUUUCUGUUGUUGUUUCCUUGACUGGGGUCCCCACCCUCCUGCUGCCUUUUCCGCGCUUUGAUGAGCAUUCUGGGCCCCGUGCGGUGGGGGUGUCUUCGCGGGGGCCGGCCCGUCUUUGGCCCCGGGCUCCAUGGCUGGAUUGUGGAAACUGCACCCGCCUGCAGGUUGUUGAGCAACUGAUGGGACGAUCCCAGGGCCCGGUGGCCGCGAAAGAAAUGUUUAAUUUGGUAAAUUGGAGGAAAAAAACAUGGAUUUUUAGCAUUUGAAGAGCAAAUUAAGGUUUCAGAUUUGAGAUAUUGGUGUUUCUGAUUUUGAGGAAUUUUUCUUUUUAAUUUUGUUUGUUAAAUCAUCGGUCUUAGAGUACUGAAGAAUCAGAAAUACACCUAUUUUGUUUCACGUUUGAACACGAAUUUUUGAGGAACUCUCACACCUGAGUACACAGCCAUGUGGCCAUCACAGCUGCUAAUCUUCAUGAUGCUUUUAGCACCAAUGGUUCAUGGUGGCAAGCACAGUGAGCGACAUCCUGCCCCCGCUGCUCCACUGCGACACGCGGAGCGCAGCCCAGGAGGCGCUCUUCCACCCAGACAUCUCCUUCAGCAGCCAGCUGCAGAGCGUGCCACUGCUCAUCGUGGACAAGGGCCCCGUGGAGCUACCAGAGGAGUUCGCGGUCCAAGUGCCCAAGGAGCACAGAUUGCAGCCCAAGCUUUCAGCCGUGCACCCAUUCCGAUGGCUGUGGUCCGCAGAGAGCUCUCCUGUGAGAGCUACCCUAUAGAGCUCCGCUGCCCAGGAACAGACGUCAUUAUGAUUGAGAGUGCCAACUAUGGGAGGACUGAUGACAAGAUUUGUGACUCUGACCCUGCUCAGAUGGAGAAUAUCCGGUGUUAUCUGCCAGACGCCUAUAAAAUUAUGUCUCAAAGAUGCAAUAACAGAACCCAGUGUGCAGUGGUGGCAGGUCCUGAUGUUUUUCCAGAUCCAUGUCCAGGAACCUAUAAAUACCUUGAAGUGCAGUAUGAAUGUGUCCCUUACAAAGUGGAACAAAAAGUUUUUCUUUGUCCUGGACUGCUAAAAGGAGUAUACCAGAGUGAACAUUUGUUUGAGUCCGACCACCAAUCUGGGGCAUGGUGCAAAGACCCGCUGCAGGCUUCUGACAAGAUUUAUUAUAUGCCCUGGACCCCCUACAGAACUGAUACCUUGACUGAAUAUUCAUCCAAGGAUGACUUCAUUGCUGGAAGGCCAACUACAACCUACAAGCUCCCUCAUAGGGUGGAUGGCACAGGAUUUGUAGUGUAUGAUGGAGCUUUGUUCUUCAACAAAGAGCGCACCAGGAACAUAGUAAAGUUUGAUUUGCGGACUAGGAUAAAGAGUGGAGAGGCUAUCAUAGCAAAUGCCAAUUAUCAUGACACCUCUCCUUACCGAUGGGGAGGCAAAUCUGACAUAGACUUGGCAGUUGAUGAGAAUGGGCUAUGGGUAAUCUACGCAACAGAGCAAAAUAAUGGUAAAAUUGUCAUUAGUCAAUUGAACCCUUACACCCUACGGAUUGAAGGGACAUGGGAUACUGCAUAUGAUAAAAGGUCAGCUUCCAAUGCAUUUAUGAUUUGUGGAAUUCUGUAUGUGGUCAAAUCUGUAUAUGAGGAUGAUGACAAUGAGGCCACUGGGAAUAAGAUUGACUACAUUUACAACACCGACCAAAGCAAGGAUAGUUUGGUGGAUGUACCCUUUCCCAAUUCGUACCAGUACAUUGCAGCUGUGGAUUACAACCCCAGGGACAACCUACUUUAUGUAUGGAAUAACUAUCACGUCGUGAAAUAUUCUUUGGAUUUUGGACCUCUGGAUAGUAGAUCAGGGCAAGCACAUCAUGGACAAGUUUCAUACAUUUCUCCACCAAUUCACCUUGACUCCGAGCUAGAAAGGCCCUCUGUUAGAGAAAUCUCUACCACAGGACCUCUUGGCAUGGGAAGUACGACCACUAGUACCACUCUUCGGACCACAACUUGGAGCCCGGGACGGAGUACCACCCCAUCAGUGUCAGGAAGAAAAAACCGGAGUACCAGCACACCAUCUCCAGCUGUCGAGGUGCUUGAUGACAUGACCACACACCUUCCAUCAGCAUCAUCCCAAAUUCCAGCUCUAGAAGAGAGCUGUGAGGCUGUGGAAGCCCGAGAAAUCAUGUGGUUCAAGACUCGCCAAGGACAGAUAGCAAAGCAGCCAUGCCCUGCAGGAACUAUUGGUGUGUCAACUUAUCUAUGCCUUGCUCCUGAUGGAAUCUGGGAUCCUCAAGGACCAGAUCUCAGUAACUGUUCUUCUCCUUGGGUCAAUCAUAUAACACAGAAGUUGAAAUCUGGAGAGACAGCUGCCAACAUUGCUAGGGAACUGGCUGAACAGACAAGAAAUCAUCUGAACGCUGGGGAUAUCACCUACUCUGUCCGUGCCAUGGACCAGCUGGUUGGUCUCUUGGAUGUGCAGCUCCGGAACCUGACUCCAGGUGGAAAAGAUAGUGCAGCACGGAGUUUGAACAAGCUUCAGAAAAGAGAGCGCUCUUGCAGAGCCUAUGUCCAGGCAAUGGUCGAGACAGUUAACAACCUCCUCCAGCCACAAGCUUUGAAUGCGUGGAGAGACCUGGCUACAAGUGAUCAACUACGUGCAGCCACCAUGUUGCUUGAUACUGUGGAGGAAAGUGCUUUUGUGCUGGCUGAUAACCUUUUGAAGACUGACAUUGUCAGGGAGAACACAGACAAUAUUAAAUUGGAAGUUGCGAGGCUGAGCACAGAAGGAAACUUAGAAGACCUAAAAUUUCCAGAAAACAUGGGCCAUGGAAGUACUAUCCAGCUAUCUGCAAAUACUUUAAAGCAAAAUGGUCGAAAUGGAGAGAUCAGAGUGGCCUUUGUCCUGUAUAACAACUUGGGUCCUUAUUUGUCCACGGAGAAUGCCAGCAUGAAGUUGGGAACAGAAGCUAUGUCCACAAAUCAUUCUGUUAUUGUUAAUUCCCCAGUCAUUACAGCAGCAAUAAACAAAGAGUUCAGUAAUAAGGUUUAUCUGGCUGAUCCUGUAGUGUUUACUGUUAAACAUAUCAAGCAGUCAGAGGAAAAUUUCAACCCCAAUUGUUCAUUUUGGAGUUAUUCCAAGCGUACAAUGACAGGUUAUUGGUCCACACAAGGAUGCCGGCUCCUGACAACAAAUAAGACACAUACCACAUGCUCUUGUAACCACCUAACAAAUUUUGCAGUACUGAUGGCACAUGUGGAAGUCAAG